CCGCCGCUCGCACGCGCACGCACGAUCCUGUAGGCGCAGACUAGUAGAGACAGACUUCAUCCGCUCGGCUCAGGAGGAAAAGCAACAAGCUCUCAUAUAUCCUCAAAUCCAGGAGUCAGAGCAGAUCAAAUUUAAGAGGAGUACAGCUAUCGGGAACAGGGGGGAUGGUCGGUCCUGAAUCAUAAGGAGAAUCGGCCUGCCUACCUGACACAUGAGGAAGACUCAUUGUACAGGAGUCAUGUGGGGCGUGCUUUGGUAAGACAUACAAAAGGGCUCUGGUAAUGUGCCAUGGGGUACGACGUCACCAGGUUCCAAGGAGAGGUGGACGAGGAUCUGUUAUGUCCCAUCUGCAGCGGUGUGUUGGAGGAGCCAGUACAGGCCCCGCACUGUGAACAUGCCUUCUGCAACGCCUGCAUUACACAGUGGUUCGCACAGCAGCAGAUUUGCCCUGUGGACCGCACCGUGGUGACUCUCGCCCACCUACGACCCGUUCCCCGCAUCAUGCGUAACAUGCUUUCCAAACUCCAGAUGUCCUGUGACAACGCUGGCUUCGGCUGCACGGCGACCCUACGUCUCGACCAGCUGCAGUCGCACCUCAAGGACUGCGAGCAUAACCCCAAACGACCAGUCACGUGCGAGGAAGGCUGUGGCCUCGAAAUGCCCAAAGAUGAGAUGCCCAACCAUAAUUGUAUCAAGCACCUGCGCAGUGUGGUGCAGCAACAGCAGACAAAGAUCGCAGAUCUGGAGAAGACUGCAGCUGAACACAAGCACCAACUUGCAGAGCAGAAACGUGACAUCCAGCUCCUAAAAGCGUACAUGCGAGCGAUACGCAGCGCUAAUCCUAACCUGCAGAACCUGGAGGAGACCAUAGAGUACAAUGAGAUCUUGGAGUGGGUAAACUCCCUCCAGCCUGCUAGAGUUACCCGCUGGGGCGGAAUGAUCUCCACGCCCGACGCCGUCCUUCAGGCCGUCAUUAAACGUUCACUCAUAGACAGCGGAUGCCCGUUGUCGAUCGUCAAUGACCUCAUCGAAAACGCCCACGAGCGUAACUGGCCCCAAGGCUUGGCCACGCUGGAGACGCGGCAGAUGAACCGUCGAUAUUACGAAAACUACGUGGCCAAGCGCAUUCCGGGUAAGCAGGCUGUGGUGGUCAUGGCCUGCGAGAACCAACACAUGGGUGAAGAUAUGAUUCUGGAGCCAGGAUUGGUUAUGAUCUUCGCUCACGGUGUGGAAGAAAUCUUAUAGAUAAAAGGGGUUUAAAAGAAAUUCACUAUCAAGACUUACAUGGCUGUCAAUACCUCACGUUUUAAAGGACGCUUUGACAAAAAAAAUCAGUGAGGUCUCUGCUAUUUUAAACGAUCUAAAGAAAUGGACCUUCAGCAUUCCCAUUCUCUUUGCCUUAAAAGGACAUUUUCAAAAAAUGAAACACCCCAACUUGAAACAUUAUCAGGGAUGAUGGAACACUUCAAAACAUCAACAAAAUGAUUCAAAUAUCUAAUUUCCCCUUUAAAGUUUAUUUCCCUAUCAGUGAAUUAAGAGUGUACAAGCUUUCAACAAUGUAACAGAUCAGUAAAAAUUCUUGUAAAUACAGAUGAUAAAGAAAUAUAGACAAAUAUAUCUGUUCUUAUUAUAAUAGAGUAGUGGACAUUUUUGAUGUCUUCAUCUCAGUUUGCUAUUUAGAGUAGUGUGUUAGCAACCAUGGAUCUUUCAAUGUCGUUUUAUUUUUAAAGAGAACUAUGAUUAAAGGAUGCUAGAUGAAACUCUGCUCUGUGUCUGCGAUGUGUCAGCCCGAGUCGAGUUUUGUGAAGAUGUUUAUUCUUGAGAGGAUACAGUGAAGGAUCUGUAGGUGCAACUUUUGAAUACGUUCCCUGCGUAUUUUCAGUUUUGUACAACCACUUAAUAGUUAUUUUGUAACGAAAAUGCUCCACCUUUUCAUCCACAAUUUGGAUUUUUUUUAUUUCUGCUGAAUUUAUAAAUGCUUACAAAUAACUAAUUUAGACAGCUUAUGUGAAAAUCAUUUUGAUGACACGACUUGUCACAUCUGGACCUGUUUACUGUGGUUUUACAUCUGAAGAGUUUUUACAGCUCUGUACUUCACUAACACAAACAGAUGGGAUGGAUGUAUGUUUGUUUACAAUGUGCAAUCUGGAAAAGUGGUUUGAGAAUUUAUUUUGCAUAUUUUUAUGUUGUACAUAGUUUAAAAGUUGUAUCAGUUUGAAUAGUGUUGUCUUUGCAACCAAAGUGUUCUGUUGUGUCUCGUGCACAUGUGCUUGCUUUUCUGUUGCUUGAACGAAUAUGUAAAUUCAUCUAUUUAAAAAAAAAAACUAAUGAUCUUUGCAGCUAUCAUAUCAUCAUCAUCUGCUGAAGUGUUACAUAAACCUGAAUGCAAAUCAUGUUAAACAUGUGCAGAAAACUUUAAAGGACCCAGAAUGUUUUAACUCUGCAAUAUUCAUCCAGGUCUGUGUGAAGUAUGGGUCUAAAUGUCUAAACUUUUGCCUUAUCGCAGCACUUCACAGACUUUUGCAUGAUCGAUGUAUAAUCUGUCACGUAUUUUCACCCUAACGUUGGAGAGAUUUGGCAUGAGCCGAUGAUGUGUCCUGUACACACAUCUGCCUGCGUUUAAACUUCUGCUUGUGGUGUAAAAGGGGAAGGUGUGCGUUGCUUCACAAAGCGUGCGUUGGUGGCAUCUGGAUUUGAAGUUAUAUGCUAUUCGUGACACUGGGUGUUUGGUUGAAUAUGACGUCAUCUCCUCAUUGAACACGCGAGACUCUCCAGACCCUCAGGAUUUAUCAUCUCACAUCAGGGAUGAAACUCAAAGAGCUCAUGUUUCCUGUACAUGGAUGUGGCUUUUCUGUUUGUUUAUAUUAUUCUAUGCUUUCGUGCUGUGGUUUACUGACCGAAUAUGAAUAAAUAUCAUUGAUUUUGCAAUAUGA